GCUUCUCGGACCCCGAGCGUGGAGCGAGCCGCUUGGUGUGCCUCUCACAGGGCAGCGCCAAAGAGUAUGGGCAGGAGGAGGGCCUUCCCCUUUACUUUGGCGGCGUCCGCGCUAGCCCUGAUGACAAGACUCUUCAUUUUCUCGGGGGCGAUCCCGCAACUCCUCCAUUCGUGUUUUCUUGGACGCUGCCGUCGGGCAGCGGUGCUGGGGAGAUGACCACGAUCGCUAGCUCCAU